CCAUCACCAACAGCAUUUCGAUGCCUCAUGCUGCGAAGGCGUUGUUAUUAGCAUAGGCAUGAUCGCAUGCCUCCCAUCCAACAGCUCAAAUGACCUGAUUAUUUCCCCUACGCCCCUUUCGAUGCGGGAGCAAGCAGACCUCCCAGUCCAGAACCCUCUCCUGUCACCGCCACGAUGACAACCACCAACGCGCUCCCCGACCAGCUCAUCUAUCUAAUCAUCCGCUUCACGGCCUCCAUACCCGAUCUCGAGCUUCCUAUACCGUCACCGCGAACGGUCACAACAGUCUCCCUCAAACAGCUCAUCCGGUCGCAUCUCCCACAACCGCAUACGUACGCGCGUCUGCGUCUCAUAUACGCUGGAAAGGUCCUGCCAGACACGGCGCCUCUCUCGCUCUCGCUGAAGCUUCCGCCGCCUCCACCACCGCGCGAUGGGACGUACAACGAGCAUGGGCCAGGGAGCAAGAGCAAGGGGAAGCAGCCCGUUCGCAACGGACUGGUAGACGAAGAUCCGGGUCAAGGACAGUAUGGAGGCGGCCGGCGGUUCUACAUACACUGCUCUCUAGGAGAUGCGCUGUCGGUCAAAGAACUCGAAUCCGAGGCCGCACAAGCACGCGCUUCGGAGGCCACACUACACGUAGAGCACGAGCAACAACAUACCGAAAGCAGUACGCGGCAGCAACAUAGCACUAGCGAUGUUUCAGGCGCUACAGAUGCAGAUGGAAGGGCACGGAGGAGAUCCUCUGUCGCAGCGGCGCCAGCACCGCAAGGGUUCGACCGCCUCCUGUCUUCCGGCUUCACGCCCGCCGAAGUCGCCGCCCUCCGCACCCAGUUCCAGACGAACCUCUCCUUUACCCAUACGCCUGACACCAUGCCCUCGGCCGCCGAACUCCGACGCCUCGAAGAUCGCUGGCUCGACUCAACUGCUAUGGAGCCGUCGCCAUCGGACGCGAAUGCGGAUGUAGCUGGAGGCGGGGGGACGGCAGGCUGGGGUGCCGGGUUUGGAGUCGAGGACGGCGGGUUGGAUGAUAUGCUUUGGGGUUACCUGGUGGGGUUUUUCUGGCCGUUGGGCGGUUUGGUGUGGGGAUUUAGGGAAGAGGGGGUUUGGAGCAGGAGGAGGCAGGUAGCGGUUGUGAUGGGGGUGGUCUUGAACGCGGCGUUUGGGUUUAUGCGGUGGAGUAGCUGAUGUCCGCGACGAUACUGUUCAUGGGGAAUACGACAUGCAUUGAGAGGAGGGAGGACCUGGGGAAGUAUGUUUACCCUUAUUAAGCUGGGCAUGAGUUCGAGAAUCUCUAACAGCGCGUGCUGUUCCUUUGGAUGAUAUUUCUCAACAACAUCUCUGAGCAUAUAGACAUGUACUCUAACAGCUAUAUACCCUUUUAAUGAGAUCUCGUCGUCGACG